GUUGUGCCCUUUUAGCCAAGAAACAUGGAGGUAAUUCAUGGCCAGCCCUACUACUGUAGGGAGCUUGAAGGAGCUGACAUACUGUCGGACACCUUUUACUCUAAUGAAUUGCACACUCCACUACAAACGGCUACUCGCCCAGCUGCCUCAGAGGACAGGUAUCAGACAUUAAGACAGUCACUCCAACGAUGUAGGCUUCCAUGGGGCGCUGAAAGGGAAUAUGGAGGGAUGAUACCCAUUUCGCUCCCUGAGGAACACAGGCCGAAAUGUGAACCUCCUAGAGUCAUGGGCAAAGGACAUCAGCAUUAUGGAUUUGGUGGAGAAAUCUGGCCAAGAAAGCUUCCUGUUGAACAAUUUUAUUAUUUGUCACAGAACAAAAAAAGUGACCUCUACGGAAAUGAUUCUUUGCUGCCCAAACCACCUAAUUCAACAGUAGGGGAAAUCUGCUCCCCGUAUCCAAUUGAACACCCCUACCAUACACACAUCUCCCGUGGAGCCAUGUUCCCGACUUUUACAUCACCCAAGGAUCUCUACACUGGCAUUAAAGCCCGAACCCAACAGCCGUUCCCUCCCACGGUGCCAACAAAGCCUUAUGAUACAACAGUUUUGAAGACAAGAGGUAACCCUUACAGAUAUGAACUGCUUGAUUUUCCAAUGGAUUCCAAGAAGAAAGCAUUGGUUUGGCCAGGUCAGCAUGUGUAUUUUGAUCUUCCUAAAUGUGUUGAGAAAAACAAGCCAGUGUUCUACCCAAAACCACCUAAAACCUUCGCUCCUAACACUUCUUUAAAUUCAUGGGACCCUAUUACUUCUCUAAAAGAAGGCAACAUACAAAGAAAUCUCGAGAAGUCCCACUGGAUCACUUCAUAUAAGCAUGAUUUUACAGGUCUGGGGCCCAUGAAUCCCCUUGAACUGGAUGAUUACCAUGAAAAGAAGGUAGCAGAGUUAACUGGACAGAUAGGAUUUGACCCAGAGCCUCAAGAAAAAUUCCAUCCUGCCUUAAAGCCCACCAGACCCUUGGAAGGACGAAUUGCCCGACUGAUUCAGAACCAACGUCCUCUGGAGGCUAUUCUUGAGCAAAGACCAUCUUCCUGUCCAGACUGCACCCCUAGAGUUCUGUGUACUUUUCAUACCUUUGUGCCCAGUUCUACAGAAAUGAUGGCUCUGAGUGACAACAUACCCGCAGAUGUGACACUUAAAAACCAGGAGAUCGAAGAAAAGAUUAAGGAAGAACAAAGCUUGCUAUCUACCUAUGCACUCCCAUCCUGUUACCCAACAAAAGAUCUGGCUAAUACGUGCGACAUAAAACCAUUUCCAAAAAUCACAGAUACUAAAAAGACAGAAGAUUUGUACUGGAGACAGCUGUCACUGAAACCCCAACUUAUGCCUUACUGUAGCCCAGAUCAUUACAUUCCCUAUGAACAUUUAAAUCAGUAUAAUGUGUACCAAAAUCCUGUUAGCCUUAGUAAGCCUGGUAUUUUACAGAGUAAACCAGACUUGAAAACUUUUGAUUUUGAACACUUUUUAAGUAAGCCAGAACAGUUGACCUUGAAUAUGGAGGAUGAUGAAGAAACAAAACCUAUCCUGGGUUGGAUUCCUAGAGCUGGAGUGGCCAAACCUCAAACGGACCUGCUGGAGCUUAAGAACACUUUUUCAAAAACUGGUGCACAAAAACGUUUCCAUAAAUCAGUUCUAGAAGACUAUAAAGACCUCAGGGAUAAAGAGCACUUGGGGAAGAAACACCAAUUCUAUGGCUAUAAUUCCUAUUAUUUCUAUAAUUGAGCUAUUCAUCCUUCCCUUCAAAACCCAGCUUCUUGCAAGAAAAGAAAAAAUAUAACAGAAUUUCUUCCUCAUUGCUGGAUUCUGUUUUCUGGAGAAGCCAUAAUGAGCUUGUUGAUGAGGUUUAUGUUUUCAGGUAUUUAAGUUAGGGUCUGGUCAGAAGAACCCAGAAAAGGUGAUGUUCUGACUUCCUCAAAAGUUGAACAAUUUGGCAAUAAAAUAGAACCAGAAAAA